AGCGCGGCCGGCGGGCCCUGCGCAGUGGCUGUGGCAUGGGCGCGGGCACCGGCGCGGGCUGCGGGAGCCCGGCUUUCUGCCCGGCCCGGGCCGUCGCCGGCGGUGACAGCGCGUCGCAGCUUCUGCUGUCCGCCGGGAGGCGGUCCCCGCAACCGGCGCAACUUGCCUCGGCGCCUCUGUGAGGAGCGCAGCGCGGAGAGAGCUUGCUGGGCGCGAUGCCUCCGGCCGGCGGCCCCCGCACACCGCGCCCGCACGCGCUGCCCCGCAGCCUGUCCCGCCUGCGCGAGUGCCCGGGCCGUUCCCGCAUCGUGCUGGCUCUCGGGGCCACGCAGAUGGCGCUCGGAUGCCUCAUCGUGGCCGUGAGCUUCGCGGCGCUGGCACUCACCACCUCGGCCCGCGUGCGCCACUCCUGCCCUUUCUGGGCCGGCUUCUCGGUGCUGUUGUCUGGCCUCAUCGGUGUCGUCUCCUGGAAGAGACCUCUCUCACUUGUGAUCACCUUCUUUAUGCUGCUCUCUGCAGUGUGCGUGAUGCUCAACCUAGCCGGCUCCAUCCUCUCCUGCCAGAAUGCCCAGCUCGUCAGCUCCCUCGAAGGCUGCCAGUUGAUCAAGUUCGACAGCGUGGAGGUGUGUGUCUGCUGUGAGCUGCAGCACCACUCCUCUGGAUGCAGCAACCUCGGGGAGACGCUGAAGCUGAACCCCCUGCAGGAGAACUGCAAUGCUGUGAGGCUGACCUUGAAGGAUCUCCUCUUCAGCGUGUGUGCCCUCAAUGUCCUCUCCACCAUUGUGUGUGCCUUGGCCACAGCCAUGUGCUGCAUGCAAAUGGUCUCUGCUGAUGUCCUGCAGAUGUUCUUCCCACACAGGUCCCACUCAGCCAGUGCCGCCUGCCUGACUCCGCACGGCACCAUUCUCCACCAGACCCUGGACUUCGACGAGUUCAUUGCCCCCCUCCCGCCUCCACCCUACUACCCUCCGGAAUACACCUGUACACCCACAGCGGAGGCCCACAGGGGCCUCCACCUGGACUUCGCUUCCUCUCCCUUCAGCACGCUGUAUGACGUUGCCAUCAACAGCCCUGGCAUGCUGUACCCUGCCGAGCUGCCCCCACCAUAUGAGGCUGUGGUGGGUCAGACUCCCGCCAGCCAGGUUCCAAGUGUCGAUCACCAGGUGGCUGACUCCAGUUCCGGGGACCCAAACACUGCUGCUGACUUCAGCACACCAGUGCCUGCCAGUAGCACGAGUCUCCCAACAUCAGAGGGUGCCACCUCACUGGGUCCAAGCCACCCAUCCCCUGAUGGCACCUUAGACACCCCUCCACCCCUUCUGGCUACUCCAGUUCCUCACCACAUGUCUCCAGAGGCAACAAGCUUGAGCACACAGGUACAACCAAGCCCAGGGCGUGUGGCCCGCUCGGCCAGCGACCCCACCUCCUGCACAUCCAGUGAAGCAGUCUUGACAUCACGCCCAGCCAUGGCUGCCUGUCAGCACCAGCUCUCAUCUGCUGGCAACCCAGAUACCUGGAAAACGGACCAAGGAACCAAGCCAGAGACUGUACAGACCGUCUCCAAAGAGCGGCCGCACUCCUUAGUGGAGAGCAAGGUCUACACAGACACCAGGGUUUUGGUGGCUAAGUUUUUGGAACACUCACACUGCACCCUCCCCUCGGAGGUGCGACAUGUGGUGGGCACCAUCCGCUCAACGGUCCCCUCGGAGGAGCCCAGGGUGGAGGAGGCCAUCUUUGAUGCUGGCGUCCUGGACCAGCUAUGAAGCAGCUACAGACCCAGAUGUGGACGCUGAUGGGCCCAGUGCCUGCAAGCUCCAGCUCUGCCAUGCUUGACAGAGAGAUGCCUUUGGCAGAAAUACCCAGGCGAGGCUCUCUGGUGGCCCGGGUAGGGAACUGUUACUCUGUCCCCGUCAGUUGUCUUCCUGGGGACUGGUUGUCACCCUGUCCCACUAACUCAGAGAUAUUUUUCUCCUGCCCUUAGCAAGCUCUGGUUGCUUCAGGGGAAUAGCACCUUGAACUGAAGAAUGUGACAGGAAUACCUACCCAGGGACAGGGGACACUUGUGGAACAUAAAGACAUUGCAUCUGUUCCAAGACGACCUUUAAUACAGCUGGGCCCAGUUUAGAUCAGUGUUAAGUAGAGGGUGACGGCAUCAACGGAACCAUUUGCCAUGUGGCUGGCAUUACUCUGCAAUGAAACCUUUAUGAAAUUCAGACCCAUGACUUCCUUUCAAAGGAAAUAGGCAAUGUUAGCACAGCCUGGGCCCACCUCUUUGCCCACCAGGCUAUCGUGCAUAUAAAACUACAAUGAAAACUCUUCCUAGGCUCUUAGGAAACAAGUAGGUGUCAUGAAGGCUUGAAAUGCCCGCCUCCUUGUGUCCUGGGCCUCUCCACAAGGCCUCUGUCUGUGGGCUGCUAAACCCACCUCCUUUCCUAGGCCCUUCCCCAAGGUCUCUCGUCCUUUAACCACAGCAAAUAAUUGUUACUUGUGUCUCAACAAUACGUUCCUCUCCCUAUCCCUUGGAGGGCUUUCCCUUGGAUGUGACGUCACCCAGUUGGGCUGGGAAGGUCAGAGUCUGGGCUAAAAAGCCCUUGUCUCUGUUAUGUGUGCACCUUUGGCUAAGGCAUGCCUUUUGCGACCCAGAGUUGUCCCUCCUCAACUCGGUGACGGCAGGCACACCUGUGUUGAAGGAUGCAGAUGGUCAGUCACUUAUUUCUGGGAGAAUGCCAGUAGCGAAUGUGCAGAAGCAAAGCAAAACCCACUUGGGCACAACCAGGGUGGCUUUGGGCAAAAUGGCCACCCCAGACUUUCUUGGCUGUUCAGAUGUCAUUUUCUGGCAAGAUCAACAGCAACCACUUCUCAGCAACAGGGCUGGAGCAACCUGCGUGCAAGAAUUUCCUGCAAAAAAUUGGAAAUGCCCAUCCAUAUCUGGUUCAUCCAAAGCAGCAGCUACAAGCACGUGAGCUCACUGUACCCCAACUAGCCUGUGGGCCUCAGUAUCAGUGGCAUAGAAGCCCUGAGUCUAUGGUGAGUGCCAGGGUGGACCAGAGUGUGACCACUUUUGUUCAGUGUCCAGCUGGUAGGUUUAAGCAGCUCUUCCCUCUAUUCUCUCUGCCGUGGCCUGUCCUUCAGCCUCUACUCCCCUGUUCUAGCCUCCAAAUUCCCUGUAGCCAAUAUGCCGAGGACCUUUGUGUGUUUGGAAGCUGUGGGGCUUCAGCCCACAGGGCUUGGGAAACACCCAGUGGUGGUCAGCUAUCCAUGCUCUGGUGAUGUUACCAUUGCCAUAAGUUGUUGCCUUCCUGAGGUUAGGGAGCUGAAAAAUAUAAAUCAGGCAUUUGAUGGCAACCUUGCCUUUUCCACAGGAGAUGUAAUAGAGAUGAGUUUUUGAGCACUUUAUUCAGACUAUAAAAUCCUCUAAUUUUUCUCAAGUGAGGACUUUGUCAAAUCUGUUCCAGGUAGAAUGACCUCCCCUGAGCCUAUCAGCUUGAAAAAUGUCCAUAGCCUGGGCUUGGGUGUGUGAUGGUUUCAUAGCCUCAGGGGUGAAGUGAGGCAGCUGCACCUCGUGAUUGGAGGACCCACGCAGCAGUGUAAACACUUGUAGACUUCAGAACAAGCUGAGAUCCAGGAGAGGCCAGGACCCACCCCAUCCCAACUGACUCAAGCUCUAGGGUAUUUUCAUAGUGUAGCCAGGGUGAACAGUUUCUGGACACAGUGUGGGACUCUCUGGCCUUCAUGCUGUCUUUUCGCAGCAGGCCCUCAUCUGUCACGUGGCACUCUUGCCUCAACCUGCACCUCCCCUAGUUGCAGGAUACCACCACCACCUGGAAGCCCUGAGUCCCAGACAGUCUCAAGAGAGUGGUAUGCACAAACCAUCCUGGCCAGGUUAUGAGAUGGCUUUAUCUCAAGGAUAAAGAAACCACAGGACUUCAUGCUCCUGGGUGGGUGAGAACUCCUGGCUCCCAGAGCAAGGCUGUUAGAGGACAGAUCAAUCUCCAGUCACCUUCCUAGGGCCCCAGGGGGCCCACAUGAGCACUAGAAAUGCCCAGGGUCCAGGUUUCCAGGAAGUCAGAGGUAUUGCUUACAGCCAUUAGAUGGCGUUCUUGCAAUUUGACUUGUCUCUUCUGGGUCCUUUGGCUCUGCCUCAGUGGUGAACUAGUACUGGGAACCCCAGGCAAUAUGUGGGUUCCCUGAAGCCAAAACCACCAUCCUCCACAUUGCUUACACAUCCUUCCACCUUGGAAGCUUUGCCCCUGCUUUUUUUCCCUCCUAAUAUCUGAACUGGGCCCACCAGAGAUCAUUCGGGAGGAGGGGAUGCUCUCACUCCAGGCUGACCAGGUCUCGGGCCCCCAACCAAAAAAAAAAAAAAAAAAAAGCCCAGCAUCUUCUAGGACAUCCUUCACACGUCUGCCUGGGGGCAGGAAGAUGCUGAUGUGAACCCACUGUGGGUACCAACUCUACUUUGGGGAAGGCAGGGACAGGAGUCUCCAUCACAAGGACUAAAGGUCUCCUUCUCAGGGAGGCCAUGAUCAAAGGAAAUGCUUGCAGUUAACCCUGGAAUGGGAAGCUCACUUUGGAUAUUCUCUCCCCCUUCUGCUCUAGCAGCUCACAGAUGCUGCUGAAGCAGAAUUUAUAGGAAAUUGUUUUCAGGCCACCAGAGAGUUGUUUGUACAACUUGAAAGGUUGUAUUUAUUUAAUGUACCUCAAGGUGUUUUAAUAAUGAUCAGUGUUUUAAUAAAAAGUAUUUCUGGUCGCUGAGGUCUAACUGGGAUGAAGAGGGUCCUGGAGGGACUGGAUUUGGGGGAGCAAGAGGCCACCAUGGCUGCCCACCAAAAACUCAGUGCCAGGGGUGAGGUGAGAACGUAGUCCCCUAUACCUACAGUCCAAACCACAGCUGCCCCUCUGUGGACUUGACAUUCAAGGGUACCUGAAUUCCAAAGUCUCCCAUUUAAGGUCCUGAACUAUGUGUACUGGGGCUGGGAGAUGGCUUGGUGGGUAAGGGGCUUGUUGGGCAAUCGUCAGGACCCGAAUUUGGAUUCUAAGAAGAAAGGGAGGUGCACACUGUAGCCCCAGUUCUGGGGUGUGCAGACAAACAGAUCCAGGAGCUCCCCUGCUGUUCAGCCAAGCUGAAUUAGCAAUCUCCAGACUCUGUAAAAGGCUGUCUCAAAAGAUAAGGUGUGACAGUGGACAAUACUCCACAUGUGC